AUGAAUCGUACAUUAUUUAGAAGGUUUUGUGAGGUUCUUAUUGUAGAAGGAGGGUUGAAGAAAACUAGGAACGUAGACAUUGAUGAGAUGGUUUAUACCUUUCUUCGUACCAUUUCACAUAACGAGAAGAAUAGGACUUUGCAAUUGAAUUUGCGACGAUCUGGUGAGACUAUAUCUCGAUCAAUUCAUCGUGUGCUGAAGGCUGUUAUUAGAUUGAACAAUCUGCUGAUGAAGAAACCGGUUCCUAUUCCUAACAACUGUACCAACAGUAGGUGGAAGCAUUUUAAGGUCAAUUUUUAUGCCUCCAAAGCAGAAUACAACUUCUGGGAUACAGCUCAUGAUGGUCCCUUCCUGGAAUGUUUGCUGGAGCUGACAGAGAGAGGAUUCAUCACCAAUGGAACUUGCAAGAACGGUGUGUUUAAGCAGAUACAAAAGAUGAUGGAGAAGAAAGUGCCCGAAUGUGGUCUAAAAGCAAAGCCUACGAUUCAGAAUAGGUACAAGAAGCUGAAACACUGGUUUCAUUCGACCGUCAUGAUGCGUGGGCUAAGCGGAUUUGGUUGGGAUCCGGUGCAAGAAUGUAUAAAUGCAGACAAGGCAGUUUGGGACGUAUUCAUUGCGGUAUGUCCUGUCAUUUAUGUUUUGAUUUUAAUGACAAACAUUUGA